AUGGCCCGGACCAAGCAGACGGCUCGCAAGUCCACCGGCGGCAAGGCGCCCCGCAAGCAGCUCGCCACCAAGGCAGCCCGCAAGAGCGCGCCGGCCACCGGCGGCGUCAAGAAGCCCCACCGCUACCGGCCCGGCACCGUGGCCCUGCGCGAGAUCCGCCGCUAUCAGAAGUCCACCGAGCUGCUGAUCCGCAAGCUGCCGUUCCAGCGCCUGGUGCGCGAGAUCGCGCAGGACUUCAAGACCGACCUGCGCUUCCAGAGCUCGGCCGUGAUGGCGCUGCAGGAGGCCUGCGAGGCCUACCUGGUGGGGCUGUUUGAGGACACCAACCUGUGUGCCAUCCAUGCCAAGCGCGUCACCAUCAUGCCCAAGGACAUCCAGCUCGCUCGCCGCAUCCGUGGGGAGAGGGCCCUUUCCAAAAUAGGACUGCCCGACCUUAAGUCUUUUGGCUGCCAGACAUUACCCAAGAAUAAAGACACAUACCUCUCGAUACAUUUACUUGGAGCUGGUGUACUUGGUGACGGCCUUGGUGCCCUCGGACACGGCGUGCUUGGCCAGCUCCCCGGGCAGCAGCAGGCGCACGGCCGUCUGGAUCUCCCUGGAGGUGAUGGUCGAGCGCUUGUUGUAAUGCGCCAGCCGCGACGCCUCCCCCGCGAUGCGCUCAAAGAUGUCGUUCACGAAGGAGUUCAUGAUGCCCAUGGCCUUGGACGAGAUGCCGGUGUCGGGGUGGACCUGCUUCAGCACCUUGUACACGUACACGGAGUAGCUCUCCUUGCGGCUGCGCUUGCGCUUCUUGCCGUCCUUUUUCUGCGCCUUGGUCACCGCCUUCUUGGAGCCCUUUUUCGGGGCCGGAGCGGACUUGGCUGGCUCAGGUUUGCCAUGGCUCGCACGAAGCAGACGGCUCGCAAGUCCACCGGCGGCAAGGCGCCCCGCAAGCAGCUCGCCACCAAGGCAGCCCGCAAGAGCGCGCCGGCCACCGGCGGCGUCAAGAAGCCCCACCGCUACCGGCCCGGCACCGUGGCCCUGCGCGAGAUCCGCCGCUACCAGAAGUCCACCGAGCUGCUGAUCCGCAAGCUGCCGUUCCAGCGCCUGGUGCGCGAGAUCGCGCAGGACUUCAAGACCGACCUGCGCUUCCAGAGCUCGGCCGUGAUGGCGCUGCAGGAGGCCUGCGAGGCCUACCUGGUGGGGCUGUUUGAGGACACCAACCUGUGUGCCAUCCACGCCAAGCGGGUCACCAUCAUGCCCAAGGACAUCCAGCUCGCUCGCCGCAUUCGUGGGGAGAGGGCGUAA